CUUUCCUACGGCUGGUCUGCAAAGAAUUUAGUUGACAAGCAUGCUCCAUCCGCUCAACUUACGAGGGGCGCUUGCGCUUCUGGCCCUAAUUAAAACGGUCGGUGCCAUUGAUAUCAACAUCAACGAUACAGAAUCUAUAAAGCAAGCCGCUAGCCUCAGUGCCUAUGGAUCUAUGACUUGGUAUACCGGUAAUGAUACCGGUGGGAUCCCAGGGGCCUUCCCAGAUAAAUGGUGGGAAGGUGCUGCUCUUUUCACCAGUCUCCUACUCUACUGGCACUACACUGGAGAUGACACGUACAAUCCGCAGGUCAAACAGGGGAUGCAGUGGCAAGCUGGAGACGGUGACUACAUGCCUAGUAACUAUAGUAGUUGGAUUGGCAACGACGACCAAGUUUUCUGGGGCCUUGCCGCCAUGACCGCGGCGGAGAUCAAACUGCCGGAUGUGAGUGAUGGAUAUUCGUGGUUAUCACUUGCGCAGGGCGUCUUUAAUACCCAGGCUGCGCGAUGGGAUACCUCGACAUGUGGAGGGGGCUUGCGAUGGCAAAUUUAUAACUAUGAGGCGGGAUAUACAAUGAAGAAUUCGAUUUCGAAUGCGGGUCUGUUCCAAUUAUCAGCACGGCUGGCACGAUAUACGAACAACGCGACGUAUGCCAAGUGGGCUGAGAAAGUCUGGGACUGGUGUGUCUCAUCCCCGUUGGUGAAUAACGAGACGUGGAAUGUGGCCGAUUCAACCAAUAUUGAAAACGACUGUACCACCAAGGGCAAUACGCAGUGGACGUAUAAUUAUGGUGCCUUUAUAAUGGGGGCUGCAUACAUGUAUAACUAUACCGAGAAGGCCCGGUGGAAAACCGCUGUGGAUGGACUCCUUAACGCAUUGUUCGACGGAUUCUUCCCCGAGAAAUAUGGAGGCAACAUCAUCCGAGAGCUUUGUGAACCCGACGAAAGCUGUAACGAUAAUGAAAUUCUGUUCCGUGGCCUCACCACUGGAUGGUUGGGGUUUACCGCGCUGUUGGUCCCUUCAACGUAUGAUAGCAUCCUACCGAAACUAAAAGCUUCUGCCGAGGCGGCCGCCAAAUCCUGCAGUGGAAUGAGUAACAACACCUGUGGUGUCCGUUGGUAUCAGUCAAAAUGGGAUGGGGAGGUUGGAAUGGAGGAACAGAUCAUCGCUACUGACGUCCUGUCAUCGGUCCUGAUCAUGGAGGAUGGCGCUGAGGCCCCAGUGACAGCCACCACCGGUGGUAACAGUACCAGUGAUCCCUCGUCUGGCACAAAAGACAAAUCUGAGACUAAAACGACCCUCAGGACCAUUACAACUGGUGACAAAGCAGGGGCUGCGAUUCUGACGAUUGUUUUUGCUUUCAGUUGGGCAGGUAUGAUUGCUUGGUUGAUCAUGGGCGAGUAA